ACUUGAAUUCAUAAGAAGAUGCCUAAACUCCUGCAAGGGAUUGUCACUGUCAUCGAAGUUUUCUACCAAUAUGCCACUGAAGAUGGGAACUGUGACAUGUUGAGCAAAGAAGAAAUGAAAGGACUUCUAGAAAAUGAGUUUCACCAAAUUCUGAAGAAUCCAGAUGAUCCAGACACUGUAGAAAUCAUCAUGCAAAGUCUGGACAGAGAUCAUAACAACAAAGUGGAUUUUAAUGAGUAUCUUCUGAUGAUAGCAAAGCUAACACAAGCUUGUAAUAAAAUUAUUGGCAAAGAUUACUGCCAAGCUUCAGGGUCAAAGCAGAAAAAUCACAGUCACCAGCACCAAAAGGAACAGAGUGAAGAAGGACAACAUGACAAAAAGGAAGAUGGCUAUUCAAGUUAUUCAAGUUCUAGUGCAGGAGAGAAUGAUACUAAUUCCAAGGACACAAAAAGAAACAAAAAACACAACUCUAAGUCAAGUUCUGGAAAAUUAAGGGAAGAGAACCAGCAUAGCUCCGAAGAAGGAAGAAGAUCAAAUUCAAGUCACUUAAACAACAAUGAGAAAUAUAAACAAGACCAUUAUAGAUCAGAAUCAACAACUUCAUCUAGCCAUAACAGAAGAACUAGCUCAAGGGAAAGUAUGGACAACCAGCAAAGCACAUAUGGCUCAAGAGGACAGACUAGCAGCUGCGGUGGACAACUAUCUGCAAAACAUCAGUCAACUGGUAAUGAAAAACAUGAUGUUUCAUCAGAAGAAGCAUCAAGCUGGGGGUCAGGACCCUCAACCAGCACCACUACAGAACAUGGUUCCUCCCUUAGUCAGUCUAAAAGCUAUGGAAAACAAAAUGCAGGGACAAACCAGUCUUCUAGCCAGAAGAGAAAUGGCUUACAAUCGGGACAAUAUUCUGGUUUAGGGCAACAUGGUUCUGCACUGGGCCACACUACUGGCUCCAUAGGGCAAGAUCAAUCAUCGGGUACUGGAAAAUAUGGCACAUCAUCAGGACAGACAUCAGGCUCAAGCUCAGGUCAGUCCACUACCUUUGGCAAGCAUGGAUCAGGACAACGAGAGUCAUCAAGCCAGAGAAGGACUAGGUCUAGCUCAAGGGAGUCUUCAGGCUCCCUACAAUAUGGGUCAGGCUCAGGAGGGACUUCUGGCUGUAGUCAACAGGAAUCUGGGCAAGGCCAGUCUUCCGGAAGUGGGCAACAGGGUUCCUUCUCUGGACAGUCAGCGGGGAGGCAUCAGCAUGGAUCCUGCUGCGGUCACUCCUCUAGCUAUGGGGAGCAUGGCUCUGGAUCUAGCUCGGGUCAAUCUCCCAGCUAUGGGACACACAACUCAGGGUCAGGCCGGUCUUCUAGCCAGAGGAGAAGUGGCUCUGGAUCAGGGCAGUCUUCUGGUGUAGGGCAGCAUGGUUCUGCAUCGGGCCAUUCUUCUGGCUCCAUUGGGCAAGGUCAGUCAUCGGGUACUGGACAAUACGGCACUUCAUCAGGGCAGACGUCAGGCUGGGGCUCAGGUCAGUCCACCACCUAUGGACAGCAUGGAUCAGGACAAAGAGAGUCUUCGAGCCAGAGAAGGACUAGGUCUAGCUCAAGGGAGUCUUCUGGCUCCCGGCACUAUGGGUCCGGCUCAAGGGGGUCUUCUAGCUUUAAUCAGCAUGGAUCUGGCAAUGGUCAGUCAUCUGGUACUGGACAAUAUGGCACUUCAUCAGGACAGACAUCAGGCUCAAGCUCAGGUCAGUCCACUACCUUUGGCAAGCAUGGAUCAGGACAAAGAGAGUCAUCAAGCCAGAGAAGGACUAGGUCUAGCUCAAGGGAGUCUUCAGGCUCCCUACAAUAUGGGUCAGGCUCAGGAGGGACUUCUGGCUGUAGUCAACAGGAAUCUGGGCAAGGCCAGUCUUCUGGAAGUGGGCAACAGGGUUCCUUCUCUGGACAGUCAGCGGGGAGGCAUCAGCAUGGAUCCUGCUGCGGUCACUCCUCUAGCUAUGGGGAGCAUGGCUCUGGAUCUAGCUCGGGUCAAUCUCCCAGCUAUGGGACACACAACUCAGGGUCAGGCCGGUCUUCUAGCCAGAGGAGAAGUGGCUCUGGAUCAGGGCAGUCUUCCGGUGUAGGGCAGCAUGGUUCUGCAUCGGGCCACUCUUCUGGCUCCAUUGAGCAAGGUCAGUCAUCGGGUACUGGACAAUACGGCACUUCAUCAGGGCAGACGUCAGGCUGGGGCUCAGGUCAGUCCACCACCUAUGGACAGCAUGGAUCAGGACAAAGAGAGUCUUCGAGCCAGAGAAGGACUAGGUCUAGCUCAAGGGAGUCUUCUGGCUCCCGGCACUAUGGGUCCGGCUCAAGGGGGUCUUCUAGCUUUAAUCAGCAUGGAUCUGGCAAUGGACAGUCAUCUGGUACUGGACAAUAUGGCACUUCAUCAGGACAGACAUCAGGCUCAAGCUCAGGUCAGUCCACUACCUUUGGCAAGCAUGGAUCAGGACAAAGAGAGUCAUCAAGCCAGAGAAGGACUAGGUCUAGCUCAAGGGAGUCUUCAGGCUCCCUACAAUAUGGGUCAGGCUCAGGAGGGACUUCUGGCUGUAGUCAACAGGAAUCUGGGCAAGGCCAGUCUUCUGGAAGUGGGCAACAGGGCUCCUUCUCUGGACAGUCAGCGGGGAGGCAUCAGCAUGGAUCCUGCUGCGGUCACUCCUCUAGCUAUGGGGAGCAUGGCUCUGGAUCUAGCUCGGGUCAAUCUCCCAGCUAUGGGACACACAACUCAGGGUCAGGCCGGUCUUCUAGCCAGAGGAGAAGUGGCUCUGGAUCAGGGCAGUCUUCCGGUGUAGGGCAGCAUGGUUCUGCAUCGGGCCACUCUUCUGGCUCCAUUGGGCAAGGUCAGUCAUCGGGUACUGGACAAUACGGCACUUCAUCAGGGCAGACGUCAGGCUGGGGCUCAGGUCAGUCCACCACCUAUGGACAGCAUGGAUCAGGACAAAGAGAGUCUUCGAGCCAGAGAAGGACUAGGUCUAGCUCAAGGGAGUCUUCAGGCUCCCUACAAUAUGGGUCAGGCUCAGGAGGGACUUCUGGCUGUAGUCAACAGGAAUCUGGGCAAGGCCUGUCUUCCGGAAGUGGGCAACAGGGUUCCUUCUCUGGACAGUCAGCGGGGAGGCAUCAGCAUGGAUCCUGCUGCGGUCACUCCUCUAGCUAUGGGGAGCAUGGCUCUGGAUCUAGCUUGGGUCAAUCUCCCAGCUAUGGGACACACAAAUCAGGGUCAGGCCGGUCUUCUAGCCAGAGGAGAAGUGGCUCUGGAUCAGGGCAGUCUUCUGGUGUAGGGCAGCAUGGUUCUGCAUCGGGCCACUCUUCUGGCUCCAUUGGGCAAGGUCAGUCAUCGGGUACUGGACAAUACGGCACUUCAUCAGGGCAGACGUCAGGCUGGGGCUCAGGUCAGUCCACCACCUAUGGACAGCAUGGAUCAGGACAAAGAGAGUCUUCGAGCCAGAGAAGGACUAGGUCUAGCUCAAGGGAGUCUUCUGGCUCCCGGCACUAUGGGUCCGGCUCAAAUGGGUCUUCUAGCUUUAAUCAGCAUGGAUCUGGCAAUGGUCAGUCAUCUGGUACUGGACAAUAUGGCACUUCAUCAGGACAGACAUCAGGCUCAAGCUCAGGUCAGUCCACUACCUUUGGCAAGCAUGGAUCAGGACAAAGAGAGUCAUCAAGCCAGAGAAGGACUAGGUCUAGCUCAAGGGAGUCUUCAGGCUCCCUACAAUAUGGGUCAGGCUCAGGAGGGACUUCUGGCUGUAGUCAACAGGAAUCUGGGCAAGGCCAGUCUUCCGGAAGUGGGCAACAGGGUUCCUUCUCUGGACAGUCAGCGGGGAGGCAUCAGCAUGGAUCCUGCUGCGGUCACUCCUCUAGCUAUGGGGAGCAUGGCUCUGGAUCUAGCUCGGGUCAAUCUCCCAGCUAUGGGACACACAACUCAGGGUCAGGCCGGUCUUCUAGCCAGAGGAGAAGUGGCUCUGGAUCAGGGCAGUCUUCCGGUGUAGGGCAGCAUGGUUCUGCAUCGGGCCACUCUUCUGGCUCCAUUGGGCAAGGUCAGUCAUCGGGUACUGGACAAUACGGCACUUCAUCAGGGCAGACGUCAGGCUGGGGCUCAGGUCAGUCCACCACCUAUGGACAGCAUGGAUCAGGACAAAGAGAGUCUUCGAGCCAGAGAAGGACUAGGUCUAGCUCAAGGGAGUCUUCUGGCUCCCGGCACUAUGGGUCCGGCUCAAGGGGGUCUUCUAGCUUUAAUCAGCAUGGAUCUGGCAAUGGUCAGUCAUCUGGUACUGGACAAUAUGGCACUUCAUCAGGACAGACAUCAGGCUCAAGCUCAGGUCAGUCCACUACCUUUGGCAAGCAUGGAUCAGGACAAAGAGAGUCAUCAAGCCAGAGAAGGACUAGGUCUAGCUCAAGGGAGUCUUCAGGCUCCCUACAAUAUGGGUCAGGCUCAGGAGGGACUUCUGGCUGUAGUCAACAGGAAUCUGGGCAAGGCCAGUCUUCUGGAAGUGGGCAACAGGGUUCCUUCUCUGGACAGUCAGCGGGGAGGCAUCAGCAUGGAUCCUGCUGCGGUCACUCCUCUAGCUAUGGGGAGCAUGGCUCUGGAUCUAGCUCGGGUCAAUCUCCCAGAUAUGGGACACACAACUCAGGGUCAGGCCGGUCUUCUAGCCAGAGGAGAAGUGGCUCUGGAUCAGGGCAGUCUUCUGGUGUAGGGCAGCAUGGUUCUGCAUCGGGCCACUCUUCUGGCUCCAUAGGGCAAGGUCAGUCAUCGGGUACUGGACAAUACGGCACUUCAUCAGGGCAGACGUCAGGCUGGGGCUCAGGUCAGUCCACCACCUAUGGACAGCAUGGAUCAGGACAAAGAGAGUCUUCGAGCCAGAGGACUAGGUCUAGCUCAAGGGAGUCUUCUGGCUCCCGGCACUAUGGGUCCGGCUCAAGGGGGUCUUCUAGCUUUAAUCAGCAUGGAUCUGGCAAUGGACAGUCAUCUGGUACUGGACAAUAUGGCACUUCAUCAGGACAGACAUCAGGCUCAAGCUCAGGUCAGUCCACUACCUUUGGCAAGCAUGGAUCAGGACAAAGAGAGUCAUCAAGCCAGAGAAGGACUAGGUCUAGCUCAAGGGAGUCUUCAGGCUCCCUACAAUAUGGGUCAGGCUCAGGAGGGACUUCUGGCUGUAGUCAACAGGAAUCUGGGCAAGGCCAGUCUUCCGGAAGUGGGCAACAGGGUUCCUUCUCUGGACAGUCAGCGGGGAGGCAUCAGCAUGGAUCCUGCUGCGGUCACUCCUCUAGCUAUGGGGAGCAUGGCUCUGGAUCUAGCUCGGGUCAAUCUCCCAGCUAUGGGACACACAACUCAGGGUCAGGCCGGUCUUCUAGCCAGAGGAGAAGUGGCUCUGGAUCAGGGCAGUCUUCCGGUGUAGGGCAGCAUGGUUCUGCAUCGGGCCACUCUUCUGGCUCCAUUGGGCAAGGUCAGUCAUCGGGUACUGGACAAUACGGCACUUCAUCAGGGCAGACGUCAGGCUGGGGCUCAGGUCAGUCCACCACCUAUGGACAGCAUGGAUCAGGACAAAGAGAGUCUUCGAGCCAGAGAAGGACUAGGUCUAGCUCAAGGGAGUCUUCUGGCUCCCGGCACUAUGGGUCCGGCUCAAGGGGGUCUUCUAGCUUUAAUCAGCAUGGAUCUGGCAAUGGUCAGUCAUCUGGUACUGGACAAUAUGGCACUUCAUCAGGACAGACAUCAGGCUCAAGCUCAGGUCAGUCCACUACCUUUGGCAAGCAUGGAUCAGGACAAAGAGAGUCAUCAAGCCAGAGAAGGACUAGGUCUAGCUCAAGGGAGUCUUCAGGCUCCCUACAAUAUGGGUCAGGCUCAGGAGGGACUUCUGGCUGUAGUCAACAGGAAUCUGGGCAAGGCCAGUCUUCCGGAAGUGGGCAACAGGGUUCCUUCUCUGGACAGUCAGCGGGGAGGCAUCAGCAUGGAUCCUGCUGCGGUCACUCCUCUAGCUAUGGGGAGCAUGGCUCUGGAUCUAGCUCGGGUCAAUCUCCCAGCUAUGGGACACACAACUCAGGGUCAGGCCGGUCUUCUAGCCAGAGGAGAAGUGGCUCUGGAUCAGGGCAGUCUUCCGGUGUAGGGCAGCAUGGUUCUGCAUCGGGCCACUCUUCUGGCUCCAUUGGGCAAGGUCAGUCAUCGGGUACUGGACAAUACGGCACUUCAUCAGGGCAGACGUCAGGCUGGGGCUCAGGUCAGUCCACCACCUAUGGACAGCAUGGAUCAGGACAAAGAGAGUCUUCGAGCCAGAGAAGGACUAGGUCUAGCUCAAGGGAGUCUUCUGGCUCCCGGCACUAUGGGUCCGGCUCAAAUGGGUCUUCUAGCUUUAAUCAGCAUGGAUCUGGCAAUGGUCAGUCAUCUGGUACUGGACAAUAUGGCACUUCAUCAGAACAGACAUCAGGCUCAAGCUCAGGUCAGUCCACUACCUUUGGCAAGCAUGGAUCAGGACAAAGAGAGUCAUCAAGCCAGAGAAGGACUAGGUCUAGCUCAAGGGAGUCUUCAGGCUCCCUACAAUAUGGGUCAGGCUCAGGAGGGACUUCUGGCUGUAGUCAACAGGAAUCUGGGCAAGGCCAGUCUUCUGGAAGUGGGCAACAGGGUUCCUUCUCUGGACAGUCAGCGGGGAGGCAUCAGCAUGGAUCCUGCUGCGGUCACUCCUCUAGCUAUGGGGAGCAUGGCUCUGGAUCUAGCUCGGGUCAAUCUCCCAGCUAUGGGACACACAACUCAGGGUCAGGCCGGUCUUCUAGCCAGAGGAGAAGUGGCUCUGAAUCAGGGCAGUCUUCCGGUGUAGGGCAGCAUGGUUCUGCAUCGGGCCACUCUUCUGGCUCCAUAGGGCAAGGUCAGUCAUCGGGUACUGGACAAUACGGCACUUCAUCAGGGCAGACGUCAGGCUGGGGCUCAGGUCAGUCCACCACCUAUGGACAGCAUGGAUCAGGACAAAGAGAGUCUUCGAGCCAGAGGACUAGGUCUAGCUCAAGGGAGUCUUCUGGCUCCCGGCACUAUGGGUCCGGCUCAAGGGGGUCUUCUAGCUUUAAUCAGCAUGGAUCUGGCAAUGGACAGUCAUCUGGUACUGGACAAUAUGGCACUUCAUCAGGACAGACAUCAGGCUCAAGCUCAGGUCAGUCCACUACCUUUGGCAAGCAUGGAUCAGGACAAAGAGAGUCAUCAAGCCAGAGAAGGACUAGGUCUAGCUCAAGGGAGUCUUCAGGCUCCCUACAAUAUGGGCCAGGCUCAGGAGGGACUUCUGGCUGUAGUCAACAGGAAUCUGGGCAAGGCCAGUCUUCUGGAAGUGGGCAACAGGGUUCCUUCUCUGGACAGUCAUUGGGGAGGCAUCAGCAUGGAUCCUGCUGCGGUCACUCCUCUAGCUAUGGGGAGCAUGGCUCUGGAUCUAGCUCGGGUCAAUCUCCCAGAUAUGGGACACACAACUCAGGGUCAGGCCGGUCUUCUAGCCAGAGGAGAAGUGGCUCUGGAUCAGGGCAGUCUUCUGGUAUAGGGCAGCAUGGUUCUGCAUCGGGCCACUCUUCUGGCUCCAUAGGGCAAGGUCAGUCAUCGGGUACUGGACAAUACGGCACUUCAUCAGGGCAGACGUCAGGCUGGGGCUCAGGUCAGUCCACCACCUAUGGACAGCAUGGAUCAGGACAAAGAGAGUCUUCGAGCCAGAGGACUAGGUCUAGCUCAAGGGAGUCUUCUGGCUCCCGGCACUAUGGGUCCGGCUCAAGGGGGUCUUCUAGCUUUAAUCAACAUGGAUCUGGCAAUGGACAGUCAUCUGGUACUGGACAAUAUGGCACUUCAUCAGGACAGACAUCAGGUUCAAGCUCAGGUCAGUCCACUACCUUUGGCAAGCAUGGAUCAGGACAAAGAGAGUCAUCAAGCCAGAGAAGGACUAGGUCUAGCUCAAGGGAGUCUUCAGGCUCCCUACAAUAUGGGUCAGGCUCAGGAGGGACUUCUGGCUGUAGUCAACAGGAAUCUGGGCAAGGCCAGUCUUCUGGAAGUGGGCAACAGGGUUCCUUCUCUGGACAGUCAGCGGGGAGGCAUCAGCAUGGAUCCUGCUGCGGUCACUCCUCUAGCUAUGGGGAGCAUGGCUCUGGAUCUAGCUCGGGUCAAUCUCCCAGCUAUGGGACACACAACUCAGGGUCAGGCCGGUCUUCUAGCCAGAGGAGAAGUGGCUCUGGAUCAGGGCAGUCUUCCGGUGUAGGGCAGCAUGGUUCUGCAUCGGGCCACUCUUCUGGCUCCAUUGAGCAAGGUCAGUCAUCGGGUACUGGACAAUACGGCACUUCAUCAGGGCAGACGUCAGGCUGGGGCUCAGGUCAGUCCACCACCUAUGGACAGCAUGGAUCAGGACAAAGAGAGUCUUCGAGCCAGAGAAGGACUAGGUCUAGCUCAAGGGAGUCUUCUGGCUCCCGGCACUAUGGGUCCGGCUCAAGGGGGUCUUCUAGCUUUAAUCAGCAUGGAUCUGGCAAUGGACAGUCAUCUGGUACUGGACAAUAUGGCACUUCAUCAGGACAGACAUCAGGCUCAAGCUCAGGUCAGUCCACUGCCUUUGGCAAGCAUGGAUCAGGACAAAGAGAGUCAUCAAGCCAGAGAAGGACUAGGUCUAGCUCAAGGGAGUCUUCAGGCUCCCUACAAUAUGCGUCAGGCUCAGGAGGGACUUCUGGCUGUAGUCACCAGGAAUCUGGGCAAGGCCAGUCUUCUGGAAGUGGGCAACAGGGUUCCUUCUCUGGACAGUCAUCUGCCGGUAGUCAGUAUGGAUAUGGUACUUGUCAGUCCUCUAAUUCAGGACAACAUUAUACAUCAUCUGGUCAAUCUUCAUGUUCUAGGCCUUUUCAGUACAGCUCUGGUCAGUCACCUAACUGUGAUCAGCAAGGUUCUAAUUCCUGGAAUUCUCCUAGCUAUGACCAGCAAAUGUCUGGAUCAUACCAGUCUUCUUCCUGUAGUAAUCAUGGGUCUACCUAUGGAGAGUCCUCCCAGUUUGGCCAUUGUGGGUCUGGCUCAUUAGAAUAUUCUGGCUGUUAUAACCAAGGAUCUCAUUCAGGUCAAUCCAGUCUGUGCCAACAUCAUUCCCAUAUCAAUGAAUAUACUGGCAAUGGACAGUAUAGUCCAAUAUCAGAACAGUCAUACUGCUAUGGUCAUUGUGGAUCAAAGUCAACCCAAUCUUCUUGUAGUCAUCAACAAGGGUCUCAUUUAAGUCAGUCUUCUAACUAUGGCCAAUAUGAAUGCCCCGGAAGUCAGUACACUAGCCAGGACCAACAUGGUUCUGGGUGUAAUCAGAGUUUUAGCUCUGAACCUUAUGGGCCUGAUGCCUAUCCUUCUUCUUCAUGUAGGCAAAAUUGUCCCAGGUCUGGUCUGUGUCCUAGUUCACAACAAUAUGGUUCUGAUUCAUGUCAAUCAUUUAGCUCUGGGUCAUGUGGUUCUGGAUAUGGACAAUAUUCUAGCUAUGAGCAAACUCAAUCAAAUAGGAGAUGUGGAAACAAAUGGGAAUCUAGCUGUAGCCCCUCAGCUUGUAAUAAAAAUCAAUCAAUAAGUGUGUAUCGGCAAGUAGGAACCUCCUCAGGUUGUGGCUUUGGACAUUUUACACCUUCACCCGGACAGAAUAGAUUCCAUACUACUGGUCAAGUGUCACUUUACAAUUUGCACAAUAGACAAGGUGACUCUGACUAUAAUAGAGUCAGGGAAGGUAACUCUGGAAUGAGAAAUAUGGGCUUAGUUUCUCACAGUGUCAAUAGUAGCACUCCUCUCUAUGAGUAUGUCCAAGAGCAGAGACGCUAAUUAUCAGAAUGAGU